AUGGAUAAUAUUAUCAACUACAACGUCUCGGUGCAUGCCACCAAUUUGAGGAGCAAAAUUAAGGUUUGUUCUUUGUUUUUCCCUAGAACUACAGUACCCCUCCUACAGUAAUCCUCGAAUUUCAGAUCGCUCAAGCCCUCCAAUAUCUGCUCACAACGCCUAUCAACCUGUCGAUUCUCCAAAAGUUUGAGAUCAAAACCGUCACCGUGCCGAUUCUGAACGUUCCGGAACAUUCGGAAAGAGCGCAAAAGCUGCUGAACCACAUAAAUCGUCUGGAAAAGUCGGAAAAUCUGGACGGAAUGGCGUUGGAAGUGCACGAGGAAAAUUACAGUGGAAUGGAUCCCGAACUCGACGAGGAGGUGGCCCGGGUCAUGGGUCAGGAGGAAAAUGAGCCGGGGCCAGAAGUUGGAGACGUGGAGCAACGUCCGAGCGCCAGAAUGUACACGGAACAGUGUCAGGACUCGCCGAGACAGGCGGCCGAGCGACGCAACUUGUGGGCAACGAUUUUGGAGCAGGAAAGAGGCGAGCCGAAGACGCCGAGCCCGAGUCCAAGACCCUUUGGCGGGGACAUCAAGAUUUGUGAGGUAGGCCAACUUUGACCGUGUACCAUGAGGCCAGGAGAUGUUCUAUGCGUUUCAAAUUUUUUUUGUGAAAACUUGACAUCUUGUACUACAUUUUUCGAGUUGAUCACAUUUUUCUACAACCACUUCUAAGAGUACUGUAGCUCUUGGAAGUUAGGAUUCAUUUCAAGCAGUUGAAAAGCGCGCCAACUUUAAAGCGCUACAGUACUCCAGGAAGUGGUCGUAGAAAAAAGUGGUCAAUGGGAAAUAUGUUGUACUUACCCUCAAGCUUCCAUAUAAAAAAUUGUGAAGCUGUGAGAUUACUGUAACUACAGUACCAUCGCUUUUUUUGCAGACUCCUCGCUUCAACCCGAUCAAUCGUCAAAACAGGCACAUCCGCGGCAAAUAUCGUCCGAUUUCAAUGUUCGGACUCUUUAAAGACUCUGUCUAA